CGGUCGGGGAGGGUAGAGCUGUAGAGUGUCUCCUCCAGGUGUCUGGGGAGGGCGGCGUGCUGGCGACCCCCUUGGCACGUCUCCCAACCAGGGUAGGCGCGCUCGCGUCCGCUCCCAGCGGAGGUCACUUGGCCGUGUCGGUCCCUCCCGCCGUCCCGCCCUCUCCCGCCGCCGCCGCUCCCAGCCCAGCCCCCCCAGUCUCGACGCUCGGGAGCGACAAGCCGCCAGCGCCCCCGCCCCGCCGCCGCUGCAGCGCCCUCCGGCCGCCAUUCGCCACCGAAACUUUCCAGCGCCCGCUCUUCUCGGGGACUCGGUGGCGGGCCGGGGGCGGCGCGCGGCUGCUCCGGGGCGCCUGGCCCUCGUUGGCCUCUGCGCGGCCAGGGCUUGGUGACGGUGAACCCGCCAGUACGCACAGAGCGCGGCCACAAGUUGCACGGCUCGCGACGAGGUAAUUGAAGAUAGACAAGAAGUCUGAAAGAAAAGGAUUUGCCUGCGUUUACUUCUGAGAAUCUUACUUUAUCUUCUAUGAGGCCCCCUGCCCCAGAGCCAGCUACAAUUUAAGGAAGAUAGGGGACUACUGACAAGGGUGGUCCUGGUCUUUGUGGGUACCUCUCAAGGUCCAUGAUUGGAUGCUGGGUGGCCUAUUGCUUCAGAGAUCUACACAUGCACUCACUGUGACGAUAUUAUCAGUCUUGGGGCUGGGGAGAUGGCUCAGAUGGUAAAGUGCCUGUCAGCCUCCUGAUUUGCCAGUCGUGGGGGACAGAAAUCUGUGUUUAGAAGAGAAGAUUUUAAGAAAAUCUUGCUGCUUGGCUUGUGCACAUCCUCCACUAGUGUGAAGUGGACUUCCUUAGCAGAUGUCUGCUCUUACCAGGAACAGAAACUUCUGCAACCUUAAAGUCUUGAAAAGAAGACAGACAAACAAAAACAAGGGUGGCUCCCACUUGAUAGAGACGAAGACCUCAUCGCCGCAAGGUGAGGCUAAGAUGAGCAUUACCAGCGACGAGGUGAACUUUCUGGUAUAUCGCUACCUCCAGGAAUCAGGUUUUUCCCACUCCGCCUUCACGUUUGGGAUUGAAAGCCACAUUAGCCAGUCCAACAUCAAUGGGACACUAGUGCCGCCGGCUGCCCUCAUCUCCAUUCUUCAGAAGGGACUGCAGUAUGUGGAGGCGGAGAUCAGUAUCAAUGAGGAUGGCACGGUAUUUGAUGGGCGUCCCAUUGAGUCCCUAUCGUUGAUUGAUGCUGUGAUGCCUGAUGUGGUACAGACAAGACAGCAAGCCUUUCGGGAGAAGCUCGCUCAGCAGCAAGCCAGUGCAGCGGCUGCAGCGGCGGCGGCUGCCGCAGCCACAGCCACAACCACAGCAGCCACAACACCAGCAGCUGCUGCCCAGCAGAACCCACCAAAGAAUGGAGAAGCCACCGUGAAUGGGGAAGAGAAUGGAGCCCAUGCAAUAAAUAAUCAUUCAAAACCAAUGGAAAUAGAUGGGGAGGUUGAAAUUCCAUCAAGCAAAGCGACGGUCCUUCGAGGCCAUGAGUCUGAGGUGUUCAUUUGUGCCUGGAAUCCUGUUAGUGACCUACUUGCUUCUGGAUCUGGAGACUCCACUGCAAGGAUAUGGAACCUUAAUGAGAACAGCAACGGGGGCUCCACACAGCUCGUGCUAAGGCACUGUAUACGCGAAGGUGGACAUGACGUUCCCAGUAAUAAGGAUGUCACCUCACUGGACUGGAACAGUGAUGGGACACUGUUGGCGACAGGUUCCUAUGAUGGUUUUGCAAGAAUAUGGACAGAAGAUGGUAACCUAGCCAGCACCUUAGGUCAGCAUAAAGGCCCCAUCUUUGCCUUGAAGUGGAACAAAAAGGGGAAUUAUAUUUUGAGUGCUGGUGUAGAUAAGACAACAAUAAUUUGGGAUGCUCACACAGGAGAAGCCAAACAACAGUUUCCUUUUCAUUCAGCACCUGCCUUGGAUGUGGACUGGCAAAACAACACUACCUUUGCCUCAUGCAGCACAGACAUGUGCAUUCAUGUGUGCAGGCUUAGCUGUGACCGCCCAGUCAAAACCUUCCAAGGACAUACAAAUGAGGUCAAUGCUAUCAAAUGGGAUCCUUCUGGAAUGUUGCUAGCCUCCUGCUCUGAUGACAUGACAUUAAAGAUCUGGAGUAUGAAGCAGGAUAUAUGUGUCCAUGACCUCCAAGCUCACAGCAAAGAGAUAUAUACCAUCAAGUGGAGUCCCACAGGACCAGCCACCAGCAACCCGAACUCUAACAUCAUGUUAGCAAGUGCUUCAUUUGAUUCUACGGUUCGACUGUGGGAUGUGGAGCGAGGUGUUUGCAUCCACACACUGACCAAGCAUCAGGAGCCCGUCUACAGUGUGGCGUUCAGCCCUGAUGGGAAAUAUUUGGCCAGUGGAUCCUUUGACAAGUGUGUCCAUAUCUGGAAUACUCAGAGUGGAGGUCUCGUCCACAGCUACCGAGGCACAGGCGGCAUAUUUGAGGUGUGCUGGAAUGCUCGAGGAGACAAAGUGGGUGCCAGUGCUUCGGAUGGCUCUGUCUGUGUUUUAGAUCUCCGAAAGUAAACACAAAAUGUAGAAAACCAUUCUAAUGGACCAGCAGUGAAUGUGUGGGAUUGCAGCAUCCUUCCUAUGAUGGGCUCUAAACUGUGUGAACUUGACUUGUUCGAGUCUACUUGGAAAUCACCUGUCCCUGGCCACAGGAUUCUCCCCCACCCCACCCCACCCC